AUGCCAAGCUCUUCUUAUCUCGAGGAAAAUCAAAUGUUCAAGUCUCAAAUUAACUCUACUUCCUUUGAUGGGCCAUCUAAUGUUGAAAAUGCACUAGGAACAGACAACAGAUAUUUUGAUGUGGAUAUCAGUACUGGAGCGCCAUAUGAGUUUCUCAAUGAAGAACCACCCCUUGAGGGACUGUGGGAAAUGUUCAAUACUAGUAAGAAUUCUUCAUCACAAUCUGGGAUUCUGGAGGAAGAAUCCUUUGAGGCGUUGUGGGAAACUUUCAAUACUAGCAAGAAGCUGAAAGGUGGCGAAUCUGUUACUAAAAAGUUGAUGGAGAAGUAUAUUGUGGACAAUGCUCUUGAAAAUUUUGAUAAAGAACAUGAGAGCUCAAGCAGCUCGAAGCCAUAA